CGCUCCAGCCAGAACACAAAGGAAGGCCUCUGGAUUGAUAGGCCCCCUGCAACUCUAUCCCCUUCCUCCCAGCGGCGCCAUCACCAUUGCCGCCCGCAGCUAUCCGGCGACAUGGGUCUGCCCAUGGCGCGCGGCCCGUGCUGCUGCUCGCCGUCAUCGUCGUCCUCCUCCUCCUCGCCGUGGAUGCUGCAGGCCCAGCUCCCCAAGAACCCCCACCCUCCACUGAGUGGGAGGUCAGUUUGCUCUGAAUCGUUGAGAGUUCUGGCCCUGCAUCUCUUGCUCAAUCGGCGCGCUAAUCUUAGCCGGCGCCGGGGUGACAUCACCAGAACUGCUGCAUCUUCAUCCGGUUUGCUUCAGAUAACAGGGAACAUGUCAGGCAGCUCACCAAAAAUAAAGGUGGAUGCCGAAAGAACAUCCCUUGAUGGUGCUCUUGACAGGAAUGCGCAGUUCGACAUGAUCUACGAGGACAUGUCUUCUUGGAUGAAUGGGGCACACACAAGUGGCAACAGUUUGCAGUAUAACUUGUUGAUGCAAAACAUCCAUGUGUUACAGAGUAGUUUGGCUGCUCAAGAUUUGGUGUUGCUGGAGAGAGAUAUCCUUGUACAUAUUGAACAGCUUGGAGCUCUGAAAUGGUUUAACGCGUCGAGGUCCGGUGCCACCAUAACACAUACCUCACAUGCACCAGAUUUUGCACUCCCUUGGAAUGAUACUGAAUUUGCUCCGGUGACUCCUCUCGAUGAGCAAAGCGAUGAUCAAUUGGUGAUUAUUCGAAGUGGGAAAAGCCAAGAGAGGAAAUUGAAGAGAAUUAGAGCAUCAGAAAAGGUCUCUGUGGUUUGUGUAAAAGCAUCCUCACGAAAACCAAGAAAAUCACGCAGGUCCACCAGUAGUCAAUUUAUAUCUGAGUGGAAAAACUAUCCAGGCCGGCAAAGGAGCAUAGUUCGGGAACAGUCGGACUUGCUGGUGACUAUCAAGGAAUGUGCAAACCUUGAGAAGAUCAGGGAGAACAUGGUGAAGGAAGGGCAGGAGGUCUGCUAUGAUAAGUGGGCCAAAGCAGCUGGAGUUGAUGAAGCGGUCCUGAAGAGUAGAUUGCAAGCAGGCUACUGCUGCAGAGAGAGGUUACUGGUGACCACCGAGUGGCUUGUCAAGUACAUUGCAAGGACAUACACCGGAAUGGGAACAGCUUUCGAGGAUCUACUCCAGGCUGGGAAAAUGGGUGUCCUUGAUGGCGCUGAGAGGUUCGACAGCCAGAGAGGAUGCAAAUUCUCAACCUAUGUGAAGUACUGGAUAAGGAAACCCAUGCUAGCGCUCCUUGCUGAAAAUUCUGGAGUGAUCCAGCUCCCCGCAAGGAUGGAUUGUAUCAUCCGAAAGGUCAGGGAAGCUAAGCGGGCAAUUCGAUCCAGCACUGGGAGGAAUCCAAUAGACGCGGAGAUCGCGACCUUCGUUGGCGCGUCGGUUGCCAAUGUUAGAUUGGCGCGGAAGUGCUCCCGUCGUGUCGUUUCACUCUACAUGGAGGUCGGGGCCGGACAGAACGCCAAGUUCAUGGACGUGACCCCAGACACAUCACUAGAAGAUCCAGAGGAGGCCAUCUUCCGGAGGCAGCUGAGGGAGAGGCUGCUCAUGGUUCUGGACAGGCUCCCGGCGAGAGAAGGGCGUGUGCUGAAGCUGCGGCACGGCCUCGAGGAUGGCAGGUGCCGGUCCCUGGAGCAGAUCGGAGGCAUUUACCACGUGUCCAAGGAGUGGAUCAGGAAGAUUGAGAAGUCGGCCAUGUCCAAGCUCAGGAACGAGGACGUGCAUGGUGAGCUCAAGGACUUCUGCGGAUUCUAGAGCUGCUAGCUACCUUACUAGUGCAGAUUGGCACAAGGUAGCUCAGCCAUGAGGCCUAAUUUUCACUGAGAUUGUGAUAGAGUUCCAUAGGAGUUUGUAUAUAUUUGAACCACAUCGCAGCGGAUGACACACUUGUCCUGAUGGUGGCUGAUGGGUACAUGUACAGGGUUUAACCUGAUUAUAUGUUGGUGAAUAGACAAUGAAUAAUGAAGUUCUUUAUUUUUCAGUUUU